AUGGCCGACCUCCCAAUCCUCCAAGACCAGGCCUUCCAAGAUCGCGUUCGCGUCUUCCAAGAAUUCCUCGACCACCAAACCGAUGAAGUCGGCCGCACAAAUUACCGCGACGCGAUCAAGCGCAUGCUCAACAUAGGCGAACGCCGCCUCGUCGUCUCCCUCGACGAGAUCCGGGACUACAACCGAGAAUACUCAGAUGGGAUCUUGAACCAUCCGUCGGAUUAUUUACCCGCGUUUGAUAUGGCGCUCAAGGAUGUUGUCAAUACGGUACAGGAUCCGACGAGGCAUAAGGUUACGGUGGAUACCGUGUUCUACGUUGCGUUCCGCGGGAGUUUCGGGGAUCAUCACGUCAAUCCACGAACACUCCGUGCGCAGCAUUUGGGAAAGUUGAUUUCGCUUGAGGGAAUCGUGACGAGGUGUUCGCUUGUGCGACCGAAGGUUGUUAAGUCUGUGCAUUAUUGUGAGGAGACGAAGUUGUUUCAUUACCGUGAGUAUCGGGAUCAGACGAUGACGGGUGGGAAUGCGCCGGCUACGACAUCGAUUUAUCCUACUGAGGAUGCGGAUGGGAAUCCGCUCGUUACGGAGUUUGGGUAUUCGACGUAUCGUGACCACCAAACGAUUUCGAUUCAGGAGAUGCCAGAGCGAGCGCCUGCGGGUCAGUUACCGAGAAGUAUUGAUGUGAUCAUGGAUGAUGACUUGGUUGAUCGUGUCAAGCCUGGAGAUCGUAUCCAGCUUGUUGGGCAGUAUCGUACACUUGGUAACCGCAAUCCGUCGUCGAGCAGCGCAACGUUCAGGACGUUGUUGAUUGCGAAUAAUGUCAUGUUGCUCUCGUCGAAGGCUGGAGGAGGUAUCGCGCAGGUUACGAUCACUGAUACCGAUAUCCGCAACAUCAACAAGAUCUCGAAGAAGCGCAAUAUCUUUGAGCUCCUCUCACAAUCCUUGGCACCAUCGAUUUUCGGACACGAUCACAUCAAGAAGGCGAUCUUGCUGCUGUUGCUCGGUGGUAUGGAAAAGAACUUGGAGAAUGGAACGCAUAUCCGUGGUGAUAUCAAUAUCCUCAUGGUCGGUGACCCGUCUACAGCUAAGUCUCAGAUGCUCCGUUUCGUGUUGAACACGGCUCCUCUGGCGAUUGCUACUACGGGUCGUGGAUCUUCGGGAGUCGGUUUGACCGCUGCUGUCACGUCUGACAAGGAGACUGGAGAGAGGAGGCUCGAGGCUGGUGCAAUGGUUCUUGCUGACCGUGGUAUCGUGUGUAUUGACGAGUUCGAUAAGAUGAGUGAUGUUGACCGUGUUGCUAUCCACGAAGUCAUGGAGCAACAGACCGUCACUAUUGCUAAGGCUGGUAUCCAUACUUCGCUUAACGCACGAUGCAGUGUCAUCGCUGCUGCCAACCCUAUCUACGGACAGUAUGACACGCACAAGGAUCCGCACAAGAACAUUGCGUUGCCGGAUUCCUUGCUUUCGCGUUUCGAUCUGUUGUUCGUUGUUACGGAUGAGAUCAACGAUGCCCGUGAUCGUGCCAUCUCGGAACACGUCCUGCGUAUGCACAGGUACCUCGCUCCGGGUAAGGAGGAGGGCGAGCCUGUCCGCGACGGCGCUCAGCAGCAGAGUUUGGACGUUGGAGGCGUGGAGGAGGUUGAGCUGCGCGAGACACCCGUGUUCGAGAAGUUCAAUGAGAUGUUGCAUGCUGGUGUAACUCUCACCACUGGCCGUGGUGCGAAUAAGAAGAAGGAGGUAUUGAGUAUCCCUUUCAUCAAGAAGUACAUCCAGUACGCCAAGAACAGGAUUAAGCCUGUCUUGACUAAGGCUGCAAGUGACCAUAUCGUCGCUACCUACGGCGCUCUCCGUAACGACGAGAUCGGCGCGAAUCAGCGCAAGACUUCGCCCAUGACUGCGCGUACACUCGAGACCCUUAUUCGUCUGUCGACUGCGCACGCGAAGGCACGAUUGUCGCAGAGGGUCGAGGAGAAGGACGCGAAGGCCGCAGAGGCGAUCUUGAGGUUUGCGUUGUUCAAGGAAGUCGUGGAGCCCGAGAGACGGAAGAGGAGGAGGAUGGAUGUUGAUGGUGCUGCUGAUGAGAGUGGCAGCAGUGAUGAUGAUGAGGAUGGAAGAAGCACAACUGCGCAGACUGAUGUCGAUGCGGAUGCCAUGGAUGUUGAGGAGGAAGAGGAGCAGGUAGAGCCUACGAGUUCGAGACGGCCAAGAAGAACGCACAACACCCAAAGUGAUGCCAUGGAGGUUGAUGAAGACACUCAGCAGUCAUGGGCUUCGGAGCGUUCGCAGCUUGAGUCACAAUCGCAGACACAGACGCAGCAGGAUACCGUACAGCAAGACGCUACCUCUAUCUCUGCAGAGCGUCUUGGUCUUUUCCGGAAACAGUUGGGUAAGCUCCUUAACUCGGCCAUCUUUGACGAGGAGGGUGCGAGCCCAAUUGAUGAGAUCGUGCCUGAAGUCAACAAGGAUUUGACCGAGGAGGAGAUCUUUACUGCUAGGGAGGCACGGGCUGCGUUGGAUAAGAUGAGUGAUGAGGGUAAGAUUUACAUCUCGGAGGACAAGGUCUACAGGAUUUAG